AUUAAUUCGGUCUUCCACUAACUGUGAACUUGUUUUUAUUGGAUAAAAUAAACAUAAGUAUUGCACUAUAAGUAGCAAAAAAAAUAAAAAAAUUAUUUAGCAAGUUCCAUUACACAUAUCUCAAGGGGUAAGAAGCAACAGAAUAUUGGCUUUUCUUUGUCCAAAAAAUGAACACUAUAGUAUACAAUAAGACAUUAUUAAAACAGUUUAUAGAAGAGAUGAAUUCCGCGUCAUCAUCAUCCUCGAUGGCCUUUUACUUUCCAGUUAAUAACCGCAAAAUGGAUAAGAUACCAUAAGAAAGUCCUCACAGGAAAAUGAACCGGAAACUGAAAUUCGAAUGCUAAAAAUGAAAAACAAUAAUCCUUCGUUAAAAUCCAUCUAAAGCAGAUAGAUAAUAGUAUGGAACUCUCCUAUCCUUUCAUCUCCAUAAGAAAUUCCCCAAUCUUCUUUUUCUCAAAACCCUUCAACACUCUAAAACCCCUCUUCUCCCUUCCCAAUCCCAACGCUGCCAACUCGUCCUCGACUCGACUCGCUCUCCAAUCCGAAGCCUUGAAAGCCCUAGAAUGGAACUCCCUUUGCGACCGUCUCUCUCCCUUCACGUCAACAUCAAUGGGCCAUUCAGCCGCCCGAAGCGCAAGUAUUCCCAUUGGAGAAAGCAUCCAGGAGAGCCGUAUGUUACUAGACCAGACCACUGCCGCAUUGGCCAUGAUGCAAUAUGGAACGCUGGAUUUUUCAGCGAUUGAGGAUAUAACGGGGAUUGUGAAUUCUGCAGUUUCUGGUAACUUGCUUACUGUUAGUGAGCUAUGUGCUGUGAGGCGGACACUGGAAGCUGCAAAAGCAGUAUUGGAAAGAUUAAAGGACGGUGGAGAUUGCUUAGAGAGGUCGUAUCCUCUUCUUGAAAUAUUCCGGAGUUGUAAUUUACAAAUACAGUUGGAGCAGAAAAUAGGAUUUUGCAUAGACUGCAAUCUUUUGAUAAUACUUGAUAGAGCUAGUGAAGAUUUGGAGUUGAUUAGGUAUGAAAGAAAGAAAAACAUGGAGAAUCUGGAUAACCUGUUGAAGGGAAUAUCAACUCGGAUUUUUCAGGCUGGAGGUAUUGAUAGGCCUUUUGUAACUAAGCGCCGUUCUAGGUUGUGCGUGGGAGUUAGGGCUACCCAUAGAUAUUUGAUUCCAGAUGGUGUGAUUCUAGAUGUCAGUGGUUCUGGUGCAACAUACUUUGUGGAGCCUGGUGAUGCAGUGGAAUUGAAUAAUCUUGAAGUUAUGCUCUCAAAUUCUGAGAGAGCUGAGGAAAUUGCAAUUCUAAGUUUGCUUACUUCUGAGAUUGCAGAAUCAGAGAGAGACAUAAAAAAAUUAUUGGACGGAAUUCUAGAAGUUGAUCUUGCUUUUGCUAGAGCUGCUUAUGCUCGACAGAUAAAUGGGGUCUGUCCAACUUUUACUUCAGAGGGCUAUGAAGGUGAACCUUCCAGUAGAGCAAAUUAUGCAUUAUCAAUAGAUAUUGAAGGUAUACAACAUCCAUUACUUCUUGGGUCAUCUCAACAAAGUUUGUCUGAUGUCCUUGUAUCCGAUUCAACUGAAUUGGAUGAUGGAGAUGAUGCAAUGGCUACUCAAAGCUUGUUAGAACGUGUAUCAGAAUUUCCUGUGCCAAUAAACAUUAAAGUGGAAUGUGGAACCAGAGUGGUUGUAAUAUCGGGACCGAACACUGGAGGGAAAACUGCUUCUAUGAAAACACUGGGCAUAGCAUCUCUUAUGUCAAAGGCUGGCUUAUUUUUGCCUGCUAGAAACACCCCAAAGAUUCCAUGGUUUGAUGUUGUUCUAGCAGAUAUUGGGGAUAACCAGUCUCUGGAACAAAAUCUCUCAACUUUUAGCGGGCACAUAUCACGCAUUUGUAAGAUCUUGGAAGUGACCUCAAAAGAAUCCCUCGUUCUCAUUGACGAAAUUUGCAGUGGAACUGAUCCUUCUGAGGGUGUAGCACUUUCAACCAGCAUAUUACAAUAUCUUCGAGAUCGUGUUAACUUAGCUGUUGUUACAACUCAUUAUGCUGAUUUAAGUCUCCUGAAAGAUAGCGAUAGUCAAUUUGAGAAUGCAGCCAUGGAAUUUUCUCUUGAAACCUUACAACCUACCUAUCAGAUCCUCUGGGGGAGUACUGGCAACUCUAAUGCAUUAAGCAUAGCUAAAUCAAUUGGUUUUGAUAGUAACAUAAUUGAACGUGCAGAAAAGUGGGUAGAGAAAUUAAUUCCAGAAAAGCAGCAGCACCGAAAAGGCUUGCUAUAUAAAUCACUAAUGGAUGAAAGAAACAAAUUGGAAGCUCAGGCCAGAGAAGCAGCAUCUGUUCAUGCACAAAUUAUGGAGCUCUACUAUGAGAUUCAAGAUGAGGCAGGAAAUCUUGAUAGCCGCAUCAUGGCACUGAUGGCAAAAGAAACCCAGCAGGUGCAGCAGGAACUAAAGGCCACAAAGUCUCAGAUAGAAACUGUGGUUCACAACUUUGAGAAUCUACUCAGAAAAGCCAGUCCACUUCAGUUUAAUUCUCUGAUCAGAAAGUCAGAAUCUGCAAUUGCAUCCAUUGUUGAAGCUCAUUAUCCUGCUGACAAUCUCCCUGCCAGUGAAGAUGUUAGUUCAUAUACCCCACAAUUAGGAGAGCAAGUUCACUUGAAGGGGUUCGGAAAUAAGGUGGCAACUGUAGUUGAAGCACCAGGAAAAGAUGAGACAAUCUUAGUCCAAUAUGGUAAAAUUAGAGUUCGUGUGAAGAAAAGUGACAUUAGAGCCAUUCAAGGUAAAAAAAGGACGGAGGCAACGAAAUUGGUCCCACGAUUAAAGAGGCAGGGACAGCAGAGCCAUGCAGAGGUUAACAAAGAUGAGGAUUCUUAUGGCCCUAGGGUCCAAACAUCAAAGAACACUGUGGAUCUACGCGGUAUGCGGGUGGAAGAAGCUGUUCUCCACCUCAACAUGGCCAUAUCUGAAAGAGAGCCCCAUUCAGUUAUCUUUGUUGUACAUGGGAUGGGUACAGGAGCUGUUAAGCAACGGGCAUUGGAGAUACUAGGAAAGCAUCCACGUGUGACCAAUUACGAAGCAGAAAGUCCAAUGAAUUUUGGUUGUACAGUUGCUUAUAUCAAUUGAUUUCAAUAUUUUGGUCAGUCGGAUCAUUUCCGUAAAAAUUUAAAGAUUUUAUUCUUUUCAUUCUUUGCCUACACAUUCAGUUCUAAAAUUUCAUUUCCAAAUAUAGAUUGACAUGGGACAACAUCAAUUAUAGCUUAUAAUCAGAAUAUUUAGUUCGUUGCCAUCUGUAUGUAACGUUUCUUCUGAAAGUGAUAUCAUAGUGGGUUCUCUUUUCUUCUGGCUAUGGAAAUGCCUACUUUGUGACUAUUAUGGUAGUGUUCACCAAAUUUUUUUAUUUUAUCACACAUUAUUCAAGUAUUCUUUUGGAACGUGCACACUAUUAAUUUGUUUUAUUGAAGAAGUGUAGUUUUGAGUGAGAUUUGUGAAAUUACGAACUUCAGUGACCAGAUAACAUGCAUGCUCAACACUCUUUUAGACCAAAAUCUAGUGCAUAAAUAUGUGAUUCUUCCAUUGGGCAUUGAAAGUGGAAUGGCCUUGUAUGAUAACAUGCACUGCACGUUGUGUUGCGUAGCUCAUGCUACCAGGUCUAUGUAUUCUGUGCCUAAAAUGUCUUUUUGAUGAUGCUUAGUUAUGACCUGCAGCAUCCUUAUUAUCUGCUUUUCGGGAUUCGCCAGCUCCAUUCUGUUGGCCGGCAUGACCAUUGACCCUAAAGAGACUACUAGGGCCAAGAUAUCCAUCCGGACUAGCAGAACCAAAUGGGGAACUCAAUGGCAUACAGCUUGUACUCUGACCAGAUUUGUCUAGACCACCAGGACACCAGAAGGGAUAAACACCAAAUCCUGGCACAUCACACCAGUAUGGAGGACUACCGUCAAAGCAUCUACCAUAUCCUCCACAAUCAUCAUUACUUGGACACUCCAUUGGUCUGCAAGUAAGUGAUUUAACUAUUCUAAUGUUUUGCCCACCAUUAUUGCCACCAUCUCCACCACCAUUGCCUAAAUUGAGCCCCCUACCAAACCAAGGUUGGGGACUGGUAUCUCCAUUGUGGCCGGUUCCACCAAAAGCACUUCCAUCACCAGCAGUGAGAAACCCUCCACCACUCUUGCGGCAUUCACACCUGCAUCCACUAGUAGCAUCACCACCACCACCUCCUCCUCCGCCUCCUCCACCACCACUAAAACCAAAACCAAAACCAGGGCAACCAUCAAUGCCUUCUCCAAGACCACCACCUCCACUAAACCCAAAUCCAGGAUGGACAUCAAUGCCUCCUCCAAAACCACCACCACCUCCACCAAAACCAAACCCAGGACUGCCAUCACUGCCUCCUUCAAAACUACCGCCUCCACCAAAUCCAAAUCCUGGAUUGGAAAAAUCACCACCAUCAGAACCAAAACCAAGGAAGCCACCAACAUUUCCUCCAUUGCCUAAAAAGGGAGAUGACCAUGUUCCUCCAAGUUGGAACCCAAAUUUAUUAGGUUCAUACAUUUCUUGAUACUUGUCAGAAAGGACUCUAUGGCUAGAAGCCAGUCCUAACCUUAAUGUAACUAAGAACACAGCGUGAAUCCAUUUUACUGUUGCCAUUUUCUGGAUGA